AUGUCAGACUCCAACCACCCAACUCGAUUUUCCAAAAGAUCUCGGGCCAGUGAGCCGGUUCAGAGCAAAAUGACACGCAUGGAUCAAGAGAGAAUCAAGCGGCGCCGCUUUUCUCGGCCUCAUAACGGUGACGAAAGAGGUCGACAAUUGGCUACACCUGAAGUUGCGCAAGAAUCGAUCGACUAUCAUGAUGGUGCCCCAUCACUUGGAGAUGCCAGCUUUAUUCACACUGGGGAAUCACGACAUGUGCCUUGGUCAUCGGUGCAUCAUGUUGCUGGACAGUAUAGCGAUUUGGAUCCCGUUUUUACGCCGGAUGAAGAAUAUCUACUCCUCGGCCUUGAGACUUCGGUUCACGUCUAUUCCAUGGCUACCUCACGCCUUUUUCGCACAUUGGACUUGGAAUCUGGCCAAAAUGUUAUCGGAUAUAGGCUCUGUCCAUUAAAUCCAGAGCACCUUUACAUCUUCACAUCCACUGGCUCUGUUAGUAAAUGGGAAUGGCUUUCUGGAGGAAAGAUGUGGUCAUGGGAUGCGUGUGGCAAAACCACCUCCAUCGACAUUUCUUUUCAUGAAUCUGAAACCGAUGAAUACGUUGCCGUUUAUUCUCUACGAGAAAGGAAGGAUGGAAAAAGGGAAAUAACAAUCGCUCAAUUGGGCAGGAAUAAACCGAGUGAAAAUGUUAUUCUCGAGACGAAUUUGCGAGUCAGCGACCUCAAGGUAGCCCGACAAGGUCGAACUGUUGUUUUGUAUGGUGGACAGCAUUUUUUGGUUGGCACUUCGAAUUUCAAUAUGUUGAAUGAUUUGAAAUCAAUGCAGUAUGUCUGGAGAGAGGCAACGCUGCCCGUUAGCAUCACCUGUGUCGACAUUCGGGGAAGUGCAACUCCAGCUCGCGUCGGGGCUCAGGGUUCCAAGGAUAAAAAAAGUCCAGAUCACUUAGAUCUUGUGUUGGGAGAGUCUAAUGGCUCUAUUCUGAUCUAUAGUGAUGUGUUGAAUUUCUUCACAGCCAAUGAGGAUAGCCGUGAAGGCGGGAAAAGCCCAGCCCCUAGGCGGCUGCACUGGCAUAGAGGUUCCGUUAACACGGUUCGUUGGUCAAAGGAUGGUAAUUAUGUUAUAUCAGGAGGCCAUGAAUCAGUCAUGGUUCUAUGGCAGCUGGACACGGGUAGAAAGCAGUAUCUCCCACAUCUAUCUUCUCCAAUUUGCAACAUAAUCGUUUCUCCAACCGGAAACUCAUACGUUGUAAAGCUAGCCGAUAACUGCAUUAUGGCACUGUUGGCGAGAGAACUGCAACCAUUUGCGACUAUCAUAGGUUUGCAGCUGUGUCCAAAGAUGACUCAAACAUUGGAUAAGUCCUCGUCAACCUCAUGCCAGUUUUCUAGCUCCACACCAGCUAUUUUACAUCCGCGGCAACCUGAUCAGCUUUUAAUAGCUGUUCCAGCUUCUCGCCAAGUCUCCCAGGAAGGCCACCAUUUGCCAAAUUCUUCUGUCCUUCAGACAUAUGAUAUCCGGACUAAUAGCCACAUUGCCCGCCAAGCUCUUGCGCGGACCAAUGCCACGACCUUGAGAGUUAGCCCAGAGGGAUCAGAAAUAAUUGCACCAGAUAUCAAACACAUCGAUGUAGCCCACGACGGCAAAUGGAUGGCGACAAUCGAUACAUGGAGCCCUUACCCUCAAGAUGUGAGAUCUCUUGAUCUCAGCAAUACUGGCACCGAUUACCAGGAGACCUUCUUGAAGUUCUGGAAGUGGAACGACUUUUCCAGCUUGUGGGAGUUGGUUACGCGCAUCGAUGGUCCUCAUUUCUCUGAUAAAGGCCAUGCACUGGUACUCGGCCUUGCAUCGCGACCACAAAGUUAUGAAUUUGUAACUGUUGGUUCUGAUGCCCUACUGCGUUUCUGGUGUCCAAGCACCAGACAACGUAGCGGGUUGAAAACAGGCCCUGAUGCACAGCAGCAGCUCGAGACAUGGAAGUGUCGAAGCUUUAUUGAUUUGAAGGGAAGCUUUGGUAAUAACAAGGCCAGAAAUCUUCCUACAGCUUGUCCAGCCUUCUCAGAUGAUGGCUCCGUGCUUGCUGUUUGUUUGCCAUCUCAAUCUGCUUCAAACCCUGGCCUUGUUAUUCUAAUUGAUGCUCAAAACUGUAAGGUUCAUUACAGUAGAGUUGGGGCAUUCUGGGGCAAUCCAUGCGCAACGAGCUUUAUAGGGCGCCAUCUUAUCAUUGCUUCAAAACAUGCUGUUUCUAUCUGGGAUACAGUCAAUGACAUCGUGAGAACCACUGGGACUCCAGGGCUUGGUGGUUUGUCUUCAAAUGAAGAAUCACUAUUAUUAGCCGUGAAUUCCAAGACCCAGACAUUUGCUGUUGCAACACAACAUUUACUAAACCAUACUGGUCACACAUCCAAAAAAUCACGCAAUACCCAGUUCUCCAUUCGGAUUUAUAAUGUGCAGUCUCUGAUACUACACUCUCAAUUCAUGCUUGAUAGGUGCCCCCUUGCAUUACUUUCAAAUUCAUACUCGAGCGAUUAUGUCGUCAUUGAUACCGCAGCCAACGUGAAACGAUUCGGUUGUUUCAACAAGGCACCCGAACUCACAUCCCAGUCUUUUGAUUUGACUAAUCAUCUCAAUCCAGGGCUGAUGGAUUUAUUCGGGGGUCAACUGGGCAGCACCAAAUCUCAGUAUUCGGGGCUUUCGACUGCAGCCAAUGGCGAGCAAUCUGCGCAAACUAAGGGCUUAGCUAGUGUUUUUGGGGACGUUCCUUCCUUUGUCUUGCCCCCUGCCAGCGUUCUUUUCAGGGCCGUUGUUCAGUCUCUUGGCUAA